AUGGCCAACAAAGACAACAGCGACCUCUCGAUCGAGACGCGCAUUAUGCAUGCCCCAUGCAGACCAGCGCCGAGAAAGAUCUUCGAAGAUUUUUUCGGCUCUAGUAGUCUUACAGCAUGUCCAGUCACCAACAAGAAAAACCUUCGAGUAGACUUCAACAUUGGUCUGGAUCAAGCCCAUUCCAGUGACUGGAUGGACGUAUUCGAGGGGAUACAUUUCAUGCAGGCAAUCUCAGCGUCCUCGGAGCAGUACAUCCAUGCAAGCACCGAGGAGGGCGGGGGGGAGUGCUGGGAUUGCUUGCCUGGCAGAGGGAAGAGGUUGUCAGAUAAAAUCGAUCUUGAGUAA